UAUAGUAUACUAGUUGCAAUACUGACCAUACCAAUGUAAGCCUGGCUGACACUAGAAAAUAUUGCAUGAAUGAAUGAAUUAAAACCAGCAGCAGCACGUACAAACAGCACAAGCUGAGCUAAGAGAGAAUCCCAAAAAGCAAGGGCAAAGCAAUAUCUUGAGUUUCAAGCUUCAGAAGAAAUGGCCUGAGCCAGACUCAUGUCGAACAUGUAUGUAUAUAAUAUAUACUCGCUCUUUAUAUCACAAUCCUCCCCACAUAUAUCCCAUGCACACGCAAAGAUUAAAGAAAAGCUAGCAAUCAUAACAGCCAAAAGGCCCCUCCAAUUCCUUCUUUCUAACUCCAUUUCCCUCUUCUACUUUCUAUACUCUAUACUCAAAACAAGCCAAUAAAAGAAGGAGGAAGAAGAAGAAGAAGAUAUUUCUAGCCUUUAUAGCUUUGUGUUUUCUUAGCUAUGAAAGUUCCCGUUUCAUCCUCACAAAACAACAACCAUCGUCAAUCUCAAUCUGCAAACCUGAAAAACAGCACCAACAGCCGAAAUAUUGGUUUCCAUAACAGCAGUAGUGCUCCAAACUUGUGCUACGAGCCUACCUCAGUUCUUGACCUCCGGCGAAGUCCCAGUCCAGUGUCUGGCAAACCGGCGUCUGGACCUGAGCAUCAUCAUUCUCUAGAGUGGGAUGAGCAUGUCCUGCAGAAUUUUGAUUGGGAUUUUAUCAUGAAAGAAUUAGACUUUCAUGAGGAUUCCACUCCUACGCUAAAGAACAUUCCUCAAGUCAAUUCUUGCGAGUCCAUAAUCCACAGUCAUAAUAAUCUCCAGGAGUUCACAGCGCCUUCCAAUAACGAUCCUCCUCAUUUGCUUCACCAUCCUGAUUUCAAUGAUAUAUGCUUCAACAUCCCAACUCAAAAAUUGAAUUCUCUUGAUUUAUCUCAUAAUAUUGGAAAUUGGAGCAACUUUGGGUUUGAUCUUAUUCAAGAGCUUAUCCGAGCAGCAGACUGUAUCGACUCCAGCGAAAUACAACUUGCCAACGUGAUAUUGGACCGUCUCAAUCACCGUCUACAAUCACCGGUCGGAAAACCACUUCAAAGGGCUGCUUUCUUCUUCAAAGAAGCUCUCCAAAAUCUACUCGCCGGUUCACCUCGGACGCCAACUCACCCAACCUCGUGGUCAGAAGUUGUCCAAACUAUAAAAGCUUAUCAGGACUUUUCAGGUAUUUCUCCUAUUCCAAUGUUCAAUCACUUCCCCGUAGACCAAGCAAUCCUCGAAACCCUAGACGACUCUCCUCCUUUUAUUCAUGUUAUAGACUUCGAUAUCGGUCUUGGUUGCCAGUACGCAUCUUUCAUGAGGGAACUCGUUGGGAAAACCGAUCAUUUUUGUAAUAAGCUCACCUCCCCAGUUCUUAGAAUCACUGCAGUAGUUACAGAGGACUACGCUAUCCAAACCCAGUUGAUCAAACAGUGUCUAUCCCAAUACGCCCUUGAACUAAAGAUCAGGUUCCAGAUUGAGUUUGUUCUUACUCGUACUUUCGAAAUGGUAUCAUUCAAAUCAAUAAAGUUCAUUGAAGGAGAGAAAAUUGCCAUUCUUUUAUCUUCAGCCACCUUCCGUCGUCUGGGUUCAAGCAAUAAUAACAUCAACUCUUUUGUGACUGAUAUCCGGCGAGUCUCGCCGGAGGUUGUUGUCGUUGUAGAUAAUGAAGGAUGGGGAGAGUCUGAACCGGCGUCGUUUAGGAGGAAUUUUGUUAAUGGUCUUGAGUUUUACUCUAUGAUAUUUGAGUCACUUGAUGCUGCAGCAGCUGGUGGUGGAGAGUGGGCUAGGAAAAUAGAGAUGUUUUUGUUGAAACCUCGGAUCUUUGCUGCGGUUGAAGGGUGUGGGAGAAGGGUGUCGCCGCCGUGGAGGGAGGUCUUCUGUGGGGCGGGAAUGAGGGUGAUGCCGUUUAGUCAGUUUUCUGAUUUCCAAGCUGAGUCUUUGCUUGGGAAGGUGCAAGUUAGAGGAUUUUAUGUGGCGAAACGACAAGCUGAGUUGGUGCUGUGUUGGCAUGAGAGACCCCUCAUCGCCACGUCAGUAUGGAAAUGUUAGAAAUUAAUUAAUAUUGGUCGGGCUUUAUCAUUAUUAUGAUGUGAUAAUUAGUUAAUUAAUUAAUAGUUUUAGGGGUGUGUUUGGGAUGUAAUAAUUAUGUAUCAUCCCAAAUGCCAAUUUGUUCUUUUUUCUCCUUUUUCUAGUUUUAUCUUUUCUCUUUUUUUGUCGGUAUGAUCUGAUGCUAGAAAGUGAGGCUCGGUAGCCACCAUUCUUAGUGUUUUAA